AUGCCACGAGCACCAUUGAGACGAGCGGCCAGUAUUACAGAUUUGCGCUUUACCCUGCGACGCGUCUUUGGCAAGGCCUCGUUCCGACCCCUGCAGGAAGAGAUCAUCACCGCUGUUAUUGCCGGACAUGAUGUAUUUCUCUGCGCAGCUACAUCCUUCGGCAAAUCACUGUGCUACCAGCUUCCAGCUGUCGUGUCACUUGGAGUUACUGUUGUCAUUUCACCCCUCCUGGCGUUGAUGGACAACCAGGUUCAAGCCGCCAAGUCUUUGGGCAUUGCCGUCGAGCGUAUCAAUGGCAAGACUGAAUAUGCUGAAAAGGUCCGCAUCGAGGCAGACCUCCUUUGCGGACAUCCAACAACCAAGCUUCUCUAUGUCACCCCCGAACUUUGCGCACAGGACCGGUUUCGGAAACUCAUCAUCAAAAUCCACCGCCAGGGUCAGCUGGUGCGCAUUGCCGUGGACGAGGCUCAUUGUAUCAGCGAAUGGGGCCACGAUUUCCGACCGUGCUAUAAAGAGCUAGUAUGGCUGAAGACCAACCUCACCUGUCCCACCGUGCCCAUGAUAGCAGUAACGGCGACUGCGACAAAACAAGUGCGAAAUGACAUUUUCAGAUAUCUUGGUUUUGAUAUUGACAAGACCAAAUGUUUCUCCACUUCUACCGCGCGACCAAACAUUCACUAUGAGAUCCAAUACUUCUCAGAGUCGAACCCAGUGGACGAAGACGGUGACAUGUUUCCAUACCUUUUGUCAAAGCUGAAUUUCAUGUAUCAGAGACGGCUAAUGCAGCUCAGACAUCGAAAAGAGCAGCUUCCAACCGCCGUUGUACCUCCAAUCACUGGCAUUAUAUAUGUUCCGCUGCGUGCCACAGCAGACUUUCUUGCUGCGAAGCUGACCGCCGCGGAGAUCCGAGCCAGCGCUUACCAUGCCGGUUUAGACACGCAAACGCGGGAGAGAGUGCAGAGGACAUUCAUCAGAUAUGCCACUUCGGACCCUCAUCUCUUAGGAGUCGACGACAACCAAAGUAUGACCAGCUCGUUCAACAUCAUCUGUGCCACAACAGCUUUUGGCAUGGGUAUCGACGUUCCCACUAUCCGCUUCGUGAUCCACUACGGCCUGCCGAGGGGCAUGGAAUCGUUCACACAAGAAUCAGGACGUGCCGGACGCGACAACAAAGCAGCAUCAAGCAUCAUUAUGUACACUCGCGAAGACAAAGAGCGUUGCGAAUAUCGCGCCAAAUGUGAGGCAGCCAAGGACAAAAGCCAGGCCAAGUCCGAGUCGAGGUUCGAGUCGCUCCGCAGCAUUGUCGAAUUCUGCGAAAACACCGACUGCUGUCGCCAUACACUGGUCUCUCAAUAUUUCGGAGACAAGAGUGGCUCCGCGGAGUGUCAUUUUGCGUGCGACGUCUGCAAGGAGGGGCCAGCCCGGCUGAAGAAACGCAAGGAAAGGGGUCUGGCCACGGAGGCUGAAGCGAUGGAAUUCACGCAGAGGGAGCUGAUUCUGGAUUAUGAGUCCGAAUAA